GGUUGGCGAAACUGCCCCCUUUUGUCCCUUUGCGCAUACCGUAGAAACAGGAAAUGCAAGCAAAGCUAAUCCAAAAAGAACUAAUUUAAUAAAAAUGUUUACCUGAAAGUGCCUUAAAAUGGAAAGUCAGACUUCAGCGCCCACGAAUAACGUAUCACGCUGCGUAUUUUUUAACACCGACUCAGAAGACAGUCGUUGCGUGGUGAUUUUAUCAGUAAAACGAGCCACUGGAACCUUCUCCUUACUAGGAUGCUUUUUCAUGCUGUUUGUAAUCUGGGUGCUUCGACGGUAUCACUCCUUGGCUCAGAAGAUGAUUCUUAGCCUGACUGUGGCCGCCUUCUUCGACAGCGUAGCAUAUGUCAUGGGUGAGAGCCAUCCGGAGGGAUCUCUGUGUGACUUCCAGGCCUGGUGGCUGACAUACUUCGACUGGAGUGCCUUGGCCUGGGUUUGCCUCAUUACACUGAACCUGUACCUCAACCUGGUCAGAGAAAUAAGCACCAGCAGAUACGAGAUAUUUUACCAUUUGAUGGCGUGGGGGGUACCUUUGGUCAUGGCCUCGUUGCCCCUCAUCAGGGGUUACUACGGCCCUGCAGGAGCCUGGUGCUGGAUCACAGACGAUCACGUAGCCUGGAGAUUUGGGAUAUGGUACAUACCUCUUUUCAGCCUCAUUUUCCUGAUGAUCUGCUGUUAUGCCAGGAUCAUCUGUGUGGCCAAUAAUAGGAUGCAGUCGUGGUUGGGAACCUUCAACCCGGAGAGGGAGAGGCGGAAGGUCUCCUUGGCUGAGGAGAUCAAGCCACUGAAGUGGUAUCCGUCCGUUUACCUGCUGGUGUCCAUCUUUCCCCUCAUUAACAGACUCCAUAAUGCCUUCUACCCCCAAGACCCCUCAUUCCCCUUAACAUUUUUACACGUCCUAUCAGCACCUCUCCAUGGGUUGGCCAAUGCCUUUGUUUUUGGCUUGGAUAAAGAAUGGUGGAGCCUACUGAGCCCAACUGGCAUGCAGCUGGCUCUGCGUUCCCGGCUGUGUGACCAGACACGAAUCGGAGAGUACCACCCCGGGCCGGUGCGCUACACACAUGCGGACCUGUUCGACCCGAGCGAUGACGACGACGACGACACCAAUGUCCUCUUCUACUCUCCUGACAUGACCCUGAAAGACAGAGGUCCUUGAGAGAGGGAGUGGGUGAAAGAGAGAGAGGAAGACAAAAGAUCUGGAGGGAAGAAGCACAAAGGAGGGUCACGGCAAGCGAGAAACGCAGCGGAUUAGAAACCGAGAGGGAGAAAAAAGAGGUAGGGAGGGGAUGGAAGGGAAGAUUGUGGGGACAGUCAGGCAGAUAGAAGCCGGAGAUGAGCUGUCAGGUUCCAUUAUUAAUCCCCAUCCUUUACUAUUUAAUAUCCUUAAGACACCCACUGCACAUACAGAGCAGAGAUCCAGCUUUCUGCAACACUACCAUCAGAGAGCUGUAAUGUUAGGUCUGCAAACGGGUUGCCUCUCCGCACUAACCGCUUUCUUCUGCAUUUAGCAAGCUAGGGAGAAAACAAACAUUAGUUACAACUGAAAGGCAAUCAUAACAAGGCGUUUCACUCACUGCAAUCACCUUUUCACUCUUCUGUAGGAGACGGGUUGAAAGGUUAAAAGUCACCAGCAUGUAGGUCUACCAUUAGAUUGAUCCCGGUGCUACAUAAUUUUCCAGCCAGCAGGGGGGAAGUUGUUUUAUAGUAGAGGAGAAAACCAAAAAGUGGGUGAAACACUCAAAAUAAGUUGGUAUAGUGAACAAAUCUUAGAGUGCAGGACACUGUUAGCAUUCUGGCUGCCUUUUGCUUAAUCUUGCAACAUUUUAUCAUUUUUAUUGCGAUUUUUGUCUUUGCUUUUUUUAAUAAAAUGACCAUUUUUGUGAUAUUGUAUUUAUAGACUCAUUGACUGUAUUUAUUUAAAUAAUUUACACUCUGACUUUAUAUGUUCCUUUUGACUGAACUGUAAAGAACAUGCCUCUCUUGGCUCACACUCAUUCUUCUCACACAAUACUGUAACUAAUUAUUCCCCGUACACACACCUGCUUGUUUCUAAUCCCACCUGGUAACAGAAUCAUCCUGCUGCCUUUGUCAAAUAAGCUGACACUUUUGACUUUUGACGCCGAUUGCAUAAGUUUACAGCUACAUCUGACCAGAUCAAGCUUUUCUUAUAUAAUUAAAAACAGGAUGUGAGAUGGUUCUCCACCAUUUUUCUUUUUUCUGUGUCUAAAUUAGUGUCCUGUGCCAAACUAUUGUUUUAAUUAUGCUCCAGUGGAUUUUCUAUCACCUGCUCCUACACCUGCACAAUCCUCCAAUAUUUGCAUCCAACCCUGCCUACACUUCCAGACCCAUCAAUUUUUUAUGGGCUCUAUGAUCAAAUAUUCUUAUGCAAGGCUCUAUUCUAAAUGCCUUAAAAUGCAAUCAGAUCAUGUUAAAUAUAAAUAUUCACAUUUGAAUAGCCUGCACAAAGGUCAAAACACAAAUGUUUAGCCAACAUUCAAAUGGACUGUCCUGAAAAUGGAAGAAUCCUACCAAAAUAAAAGCAGACCGAAUAGGUCCUAACAUUUCAGUUAGUUUAUAAAUGAUUAAACUGGCUCACAAUCUCACCAGAGAUAAUAGAUAGGGGAUCUCUUCACCAUUCUUCUAUUGUAGUAGGAUACCUCUGUUUUUUAGAAAUAUGAAUUUUCAUGUUGGGUAAAUAUUUAGUGUAAAAUCAUCUCAUUUAUACUCAGAUUCUAAUUAUUAGCUGUUACUUUAUGUAGAUUUUACUUUAACCCUUCCACUGUCCUAAAGGGUGACCCCGUGAGGAAAGUUGACCAUUGAGCAGGGUUGAUGGUUUGUCCCUUGAGGUCCAUCUGGCAGGGGUGAGGAGUGAGCACCACCUCACCCCUGCCACGUCACACCCAUUAGGACAGUGGGAGGGUUAAACAUGGCUUUACCUUCUCAGUGGUCCACCCUGGGACUGGAAGAUCAGGGUUCAAAUCCUGUCACGGUCGGGUCAUACCAAAGAUCUUAAAAAUGGGACCCACUGCUUGACACUCGGUUUAAGGGGUUUGAUUAGGGGGUUAAACCGAGCGCAGCCACUACCAGCUCACUGCUCCCCGCGAGGAUGGGUUAAAGAUGUAAUUCCACAAGUGUGUGAUGACUAAUGGGACUUUUACUUUGAAGCUGGUAAAAAGCCUUUUUGAAAAUGUAUUACUUUACAAUCUGUAAGAGCUCAGGUGUGAUUGGCAGGAUGCUUUUUAUUUAACCACAGACCAACAUCUGGAUAUCUGUGUGGUAAAAUAACAAAUGUGAAUUUUUGAGCUUUUGUGCCAUGGCCAGUGUUAUUUUGUUUUUGCAGAGUCCCAACCUCUGUUACGCGCCUCUCUUUGACACUGUUGAUGUUUUUUUUUCUAUUAUUGUUAUUAAAAUGUAUUUAUUUUAUUUGACUGCCAGAAUCAAUCAAAUAAAUAAGCAGAAGAGGCCUUUUUCAUAAGAUA